AGAUUCAAACAUCAACCAGUUUGUGUUUGACCACGAUACAUGUUGGAUCUUCUUUUAAAACUAAACUAGCUAUAUAUAUUUGUAUUCACAAAUAAAAAAUUCAUAUCUGUUAAUUGCUGGAUUAAUCAUCACAAUGUCAAAUUGUCCAAAGUGUAACAAGCCUGUUUACUUUGCCGAACGAAAAACUUCUCUGGGCAAAGACUGGCACAGUGCUUGUUUACGAUGUGAAAAAUGUAAUAAAACUUUAACACCUGGUGGACAUUCAGAACAUGAUCAGAAACCUUAUUGCAAUCAACCUUGUUACUCAGCCUUGUUUGGUCCAGGAGGCUGUGGUCGUGGUGGAGCACAAAGUUAUGUUUACAACAAAUAAUUAUUUUUUGAAUAUAAUAAAAUUAUAUUAAAGAGCGUAUAUCAAUAUUAUGGGUAAUAAUUAAUAUAAAUUAUUAUUAAAAUUUUGCACUUGAUGAUUCAAUUAUACGAAAGAAAAAAAAACUGUUUUUCGUUUCAUUGUAAAUUUAUAAAAAUAAAUAAUAAUAUUUUACACGAUUAUUUUUUUAUUGUUUU